GCAGCUUACUGACUUAUGUAUUUUGAGUACAUGGUUGGGUUCCAGUAUUCGUCUACCUUAUUGUCCACUUUCUUCUUAAUUUUCUUAAUAAUGGCCCCUCACUUAGCAUUUCAUUGGAGUUCGAGCUGCUUCUCUUGAUCUUCAUUUUCCUUUGUUUUAGGUUUGAUUCAGUACUUAUUUCAAUCAUUUGAGAUAGAUUCAAUCAUAUCAGAUAAUUCUUUGUUCCUGUUGAACUCCAUCAUUGACUGGUACUCUCUCAUAGUAAUCUUGUGAAGUUUAGUUAAUUUUUCGUUUACUAAUAAGGUUUGUUCUGAGUCAGUUGAUACCUUCUUACUCCUCCUCUUCGGAGCUUUAAUGAUAGCUUUCUGAAUAUCCCCUUCGACAAGUUCUUCACUAAAGUUCUGGUCAAAGCUAAGUCUUUUGCGCUCGAAGUAGCCGAGCUUGUUUCCUCAGGCCUUCAAGCAAGUAAGGUCUUUCUUCGUAAACAGAUCAUUGCUGUACGAGGUGUCUGUUUCAAGCGGUUGGAAGGGUUGUGCAGAGUUUAGAUUCUCUACUGUUUUUAACUCAGGAACCAUCUGGAUGCAGCUCUUGAAACAUGUCAGAGCGUAACUCCAGUAUGUCCAGUUCGCUGUCUGAUACAAAUCCCUUCUGGCCUCUUUCAAGACCUCGGUUCUCUCAACUUGGUCACCCUUCAUUUCCUGGACUU